AUGCAAGUCAAGCUGCACGACAAGCUGAAGGGGAAGUCGAUGCCCGUCGAGGCGUUGGCAGAGUUCUCGGCCACUUUCCUGCUGGUCUUCUUCGCCCUCGGAGCGGCGCUCACUGGGGUGGACGGCGCGUUUGCCUUUGGGAGCACGAUCCUUGUGUUGGCAACGGUUUUUGGCCCCAUCAGCGGUGGCCACAUAAAUCCUGCGGUGACCUUUGGCAUGUAUGCGGCUGGCAAGAUUGAUGCCAAGAAGACAGUGAGCUACAUCGGUGCGCAGUGCCUGGGGGCAACCCUCGGCGCGCUUGCUCUCCAGCACUGCCUCGGCGUGAGCACCCUCGGCGGCUUCAACGCGAUGGUGGUGGCGCACCACCACCACCACCACUCCGCCAGCGUCCCCAGCAUCUGGGGCGCCUUUGCCAUGGAGGCCCUCGGUGCCGCUCUCCUCGUCUCCACGGUGCUCGCCGGUGGCACGGCGCUGCCCAUCGCCGCCGCCGUCGUGGUCGCGCACCUGCUGCUCGUCCCGGUCACCGGCUGCAGCAUCAACCCGGCUCGGUCGUUGGGCCCCGCGCUGGUGAACGGGUCUUCGGCGGCGCUGAAGCACCUUUGGAUGUUCAUCGCCGCACCGAUGCUCGGGGGCUGGCUCGCGGGGACGAAGGCGUGCUGGUUCAAGAAGUGA